GACUUCCCUUUCAGCUGACAUUCCCCCCAACUUCAAUCCCAUUCAUUCCCAUCUUUCGAACGGAGCUCGUUGUUUCUAGAUUUUUUGUACAAUUUUUUUUUAUAAACCAAUUAAUUUCGAUUAGAACCAGUGAACAGGACUCGCCAGGAUGCCAGUGGUGGUGGACCUGCGCAUGGACCGCAGCCUGCUCUGCCCGAACUUCGAUGGCUACAAGCUGUCCUUCGAUCCGGUGCCGGUGUUGCGCCAGAACUUCCAAUCGGAGCCCUUCCGCCUGGAGCCACACAUCAAUCAGUACUCGAUGCUGCACACGGAACUCUUCGCCAAACACAACCAACUGUGGUGCGAUCCGUGGAUGCGAUACACCACCUACUUCAUGAAUGCGAAGCACCAACUGGUGCAGUGCGUCUACGAUUCUCAGAGCGGCCGUGCCCGACCGCAGCGUGUCGUCUUCAACCUGGACAUGCACGACCAUGGCGACGGACAUGCCCACGUUCCCGGCGACUACAACUACUCCGGAGUCUUCGUGUCGGAGCGCUACCUAGUCAUUUGCGACGGCAUGACCACAUUCCACUUGAUUGAUACAGGCGAUCGAUCCCGUCCCAGCAACGAUCUGUGGCAGCGGGUCAGCCGCACGCCUGUGGACAAUGGAAGUGAUCAUCGCGGUCAGGUCCUUUACGACGCUCGCCUGGACAUGGUCCAGGAGCGUAAGCAGAUCUCUCUAGUCGCGGGACAUGUUGCGCGUCGCGAUGCCGGGGCAACAAGGAACCGUAGCCAGGUCUACUACAAUGACAUCACCUGGGGCCGGUGGACGCUCUCGCCAGGGCCCGGUACAUGGUCCUACACUGUCUGCCAGAAGCUAGAAACGGUCGGAUCGCUGCUAUACUGCGCAUUUGAGCCGCGCGCCGAGUCCCUGAUCCUUGCCAGCACGCGGGAUGUCCACACGCCGGAGCAACGAGAAGCAGCAGCAGCAGCAGCUGCAGUCGACCCUCCACGACGAAUGGUCCCAUUCGAGAACGGUGCUGAUCCAGUGGCCGUGAACUUCUCGUGGACUCAAACUGACGACGAGCUGUCGAUCAAAUUUCCGUUGGAUGGUGUCGUGCGUCGCCCCGAUUUUCAAAUACGUUCCACGGCCACCACCGUGCAGGUGGAGCACUUGGGCCGGGUGCUGAUUGCUGGAACUCUGUUCGGGCAUGUGGACAAUGAACUCACCACGUGGAGCUUUGGAAUCUCAAAGUUGCAGUUGACAUUGAUCAAGGCGGAGCCGCUGCGCUGGCCGCGGCUGUUCAUCCAGGAGGACGCCGGUCCGGACGAAACUGAAAGGGACGGCGACGAGGAAGCUGACCCCCUACCAGAUCCACAGUUGCCAAUACCCAAUCUGGAGGAUCCACUGGAGGAAUGCGACAUUAUCUUCGACGACGACGAGAUCAAGAUGGUUCGUUUCAAUCUGGCGGCUGGCGGCAUCACGCACACCAUAUUCAUGGGCUCCUCGCCCCUGCUGUUCAACACGACGCUGCGUGCCGGCUUUCCGCCGGCGUUUGCCACUCGCCAGGGCGUGGACGCCUCCGUCUGGCUGCAGAUGUACCAGCCGAGUCGCCCAGACGAGUGGAACGUGCGCCACGAGGGGCAGUUGCACGCCUUCGGCUACGUGCAGGCAUCCAAGGAGCAACGAAAGUACACCGUGUGCUGCCCGGACAUGGAGUAUGUUGCCAUCUGCGAGAGCUACCGCCAUGUGCUCGUCUAUCGUGCCCGGCACGACAACGCCGAGGGACUGCGCAAGCGCAACGGCCCGCCCGUGGUAGUUGGGAAGCAGAGUCUGGUCACCCUCGAUGAGACCGUUGGCGACAUCAUCGGCGUCUCCACGGCACCCAACCUGAUCACUAUCCUGACUGAGUUCUCCCUGCUGCACCUGCAGGUGUGACGAUGCUCCAUUACCUUUCGGACUUCUCCCGUACGCAGUUAAGAUACAAAUUAGUCGUUGAAUAGACAAUAAACGCAUUUCCUUGGUCCUUGGUCGUUGUCCUGUGCCCCCUGGCACCUGACUCCUGACCCUUAACCCCCUAAUCCCAUACAAUUGUAAUGAAACCAUUCGAAAUUUGUGGUUCGUUUGUUAUAAACAAAGUCUAGGUUAACAGCAGUAA